UGAUCACAUGUAAACACAGAAAUACCGGUUAUCGGCAUUUCUCUCCUCUCGAGCUGGCACUGAUGAUCAGUGUGCCCUGAUGAUCAGUGUGGCCCCAUCAAUGCCACGUGCCAGUGCCCAUCAGUGCCACGUGCCAGUGCCCAUUAGUGCCACAUCAAUGCCACAUAUCAGUGCACAUCAAUGCCACAUAUCAGUGCCCAUCUGAGCUGCCUUUCAAUGUCACCCAUCAGUGCCAGUCAGUGCCACCUAUCGAUGACAAUCAGUGCCACCUAUCAGUGCUGCCAAUCAUUGCCACCUAUCAGUGUCACCAGUCAGUGCCGCCUAUCAGUGCCAGUCAGUGCUGCCUAUCAG